AUGUCAUUUCUUGAACUUGAAGGAUUGCAUGUGUUUGUUACGGGGGCGGCUGGAGGUAUAGGAGGUGCGAUCGUAGAGGAGUUUCUAGCACAAGGCUGUAAAGUCACUGCGCACGACCUCCGCCCAAACCCUCUCGCCUCAACAAAACCUAAUCUUCACUGCUUACAGGGUGAUAUCAGCUCUGAAGCUUCCAUCCAAGAAUCCAUCUCCCAAGCCAUUAGCCACUUCUCACAACCCAUAAAUAUCCUUUGUGCCAAUGCUGGCAUCACAGAUGAAUCUUCUAGCUACCCUAUAUGGAGCAUGCCUAGCGAUCUCUGGGAUCGUACCUACGCUGUCAACGUUCGCGGUACUUUCCUAACGAUCAAACACUUUCUCAGAUCUGUCGAAGAAUCACAAGUGGAAACCGGCAAGGACGUCAACAACGUCAGUGUUGUCGUGACGGGGUCCGAAUGUGGAGUUUUUGGUCAGGCAGGACAUGUGGAGUAUGCGAGCGGAAAGGCGGCACUGCAGUACGGACUUGUAAAGACGGUAAAGAACGAGAUAGUCAGGUUGAACAAGAGCGCCAGGAUCAAUGCUGUUGCACCUGGGUGGGUGGAUACAAAAUUGAUUGAGGGUAGAUUGGAUGACCCUAAGGAGAUGUGGAGGGAGGCUGAGGCUACUGUUCCCCUUAGGAAGAUUGCUCAACCGACUGACGUAGCGCGAGCAGCUGCUUUCUUAGCCAGCCAUCGUGCUGCGGGGCAUAUCUCUGGACAAUGUAUAUCUGUCGACGGUGGUAUGGAAGGUCGUAUCGUGUGGUCGGAGGACGAAGUUCGCAAAUCACAAGCAACUGCUGUGAAACCCGAGAUGCCCUCUGUCAAUACUACUGGUGAAGCCGAGAUAUUUGGUACCACUACCGAAGGCGUAUCUCUAGCUAGUAGAAACACCUCAGCAACGGCCAUCCCAACAACGUCAUCUCUCACCGCCCCUCGAAUCAGCCACGAACCGAAGAUCAAGAUACUGCUCUCGGUAGACUUUGACGCGGUAUCAGGUUGGUUAGGCACUGGAGCUCACCCCAACAAUAACCUCGCAGACUAUAGUACGGGGUUCUUCAGUGGGCAUGUCGGCGUCCCUAGGCUACUCAAACUCUUUGCAAAAUACGACAUCGCCAACAAAGUGACCUGGUUUGUACCAAUGCACAGUGCAGAGUCCUUCCCCAAAGAAUUUGCCGCAAUCAAGAACAGUGGGGCAGAGAUAGGAUUACACGGCUACUGCCACGAAGGCGCUCCGCAGCUCACUCCAACCCAAGAACGCGAAGUCCUCGAACAUUGCAUAAGCCUCUACCAAGAGUUGUUAGGAAAACGUCCACUGGGCUACCGCGCGCCACUCUACCAGCUUCGAGAGAGUACCGUAGAGUUACUAGAAGAAUACUCCUUCCUGUACGACUCUUCACUAUCGCACCACGAUAGCAAACCAUACUACCUCCCCAAUCUACCACCUAUGAAGCCGCCAAAGUAUACCGAGGAGGCCUCCGCAAAGGACUGGAUGAAGCCUCUCCCCAGACCUAGCGCCCCUAUGGCCAAGACACUGGUUGAAAUUCCAGCAAACUGGUACACCGAAGACAUGACGCCGCUUCAAUACCUCCCUAAUGUGCCCAACUCGCACGGCUAUGUUGACGUGCGUGUGAUGGAGAACAUGUGGAAGGAUAAAUUUGAUUGGAUUAGGAGCGAGAUGCGCGAUGGCAUUGGGGAAAAAGACGUAGUAGUAUUUCCAUUGGUCUUGCACCCAGAUACUAGUGGUAUGGCGCACGUCAUUGGAAUGAUCGAGAGAGUAAUCAAGUGGCUGAAGACGUCCCAAAGUCCCCACAAACGUCAUCCGUUCCUCCGACCCAAACAAUCAAACAAGUGGCUGCCUUGCCGCACGCAUGCAGGAAGCAACGAAAAGCCAGCUUUAUACAAGCCCAGGCUCGGACAGCAGACAUUGCCAUUUCCGUUUCCUGUGCAACUUCAAGUUGUUUCCCCAAAGCUCGUGGCCCAUUGGGACAACUUUGCGCAACAGACGGAAGAAGGCAUGGAGAAGCUUAAGGAAGCAGAAACAGCAGCGGCGCAGCGCUUGCGCAAAACGUUCAAAUAUCCCUCAGAAUCCGACGACGAAGACACGAUAGAAGCAGGCAUGGAUGAGCAAGAUCGCGCAGCCCUCGUCCAAACCCUCAGCACACACGACACAUCCACAACACACACGUACACGCUCUUUCUCCUCGCGCUUCCUUUACUCCCCACACUACUCUACAUACCCCGCUUGCUCGCCCUGUCCACCCUUCCAACAAGUUUAGUCGCUGUCGCGAGUCUACUAGCCACGGCGUAUACCUUGUACUUCCUACCCCUACCACCUACACAAAUGGAGCCCAUAGAUGGCGUCGAUGUGACACCUUCCACUUUCCAACCGCCAUCAAGAGGGAGAGGGAAGGGCAAGAAACCCAUGGGCGGAUACGGAAUCUACAACAAGACACCAUCUUGGGAGCAACCGACUGAGAAGAGUGUGAGGCGGCCUGUACCGUAUCUCUCAGAAGACAUGGCAGACAGGAUAGGCGAUUAUAUUGUGCCUAUCAACAGAGCUGUGUGUGGGCUUUUGGCACUGUAUGAGGUGUGGUUGGCACGUGAGUGGAGUGAAGGCUUCAUGAUAGGAGGUGGCUUCUUGCCCGGGGUGAUUUGUCUGGUGAUUCUGUGGGCGAGAACCGAGCUGCGGAUUAUUGACAUGGAUGCGUUGGAGAGAAUUAACGCGGGUGCUGCGCAGGGAAAGGUAAAGUGA